AUGCUGCCCGACCGGGUUGAAACGAACGCGCUUCGUGCACCUCAGACUUCGGGACCGCCAGCGUCGUCGUCGCUCUCGUCAACCACAAUACUGAAGGAGGCGAAGAAGAAGAUGGUGGUAACCAAGCCAACGGCGACAAUCAUGGAUGACGCAGUCGACGACGCGCAAGCAACGAACGCGUUUCGCGCGCCGCACACUUCGGGACCGCCAGCGUCGUCGUCGCUCUCAUCAACCAAAAGACUGAAGAAGUUGAAGAAGAAAAUGGCGGUAACCAAGUCAAUGGCGACAAUUACUGACGACGCAGUCCACGACGCGCACGCGUGCAAGUGUAGUAGCGCAACCACGCAGUCAGUAGCGCAGCAAGCGACAGUAUGA